AUGUUCCACCAGUUCGAGAUCAGACCGGAGGACCGACAGGCGCAACGAUUCUUGUUUCGAAGCGAUCUGUCGAAGGCACCAGAUACAUACGUAAUGGACGUUGCAACGUUCGGCGUGACUUGUUCACCCUCUGCAGCACAGUUCAUAAAGAACAGAAACGCAAAGGACUUCGAGUCUGAGUACCCCGAGGCAGCUGCUGCUAUUGUUUAUAACCACUAUGUGGACGACUAUUUGGAUAGUCUGGACACUAUCGAUGAAGCCGUAAAUCUAGCACUUCAGGUGAAAACGGUGCACGCCAAGGCUGGUUUCCACAUACGGAACUGGAUGUUCAGUUCUAAGGAAGUUUUGUCACGGGUCGGGGACUCAGCAGAAGAUCAAGUAAAAAGCUUCAGGACACACACUUCCUCGACGUCCGAACGCGUUCUUGGAAUGAGUUGGUUUCCCGAGUCAGAUGAAUUUACGUUCAGCGGACUCUUCCGGGAGGAGUUAAUGCCGUUACUCGGAGGGAACGUUAUACCAACAAAAAGGCAGCUCCUUCAGGUGUUGAUGAGUAUUUUUGAUCCGCUUGGACUGGUGUCUCUCGUCGUGGUGCACGGAAAAAUACUCAUUCAAAAUGUGUGGCGAGCAAACAUUGAAUGGGACUCAAAAAUCAACAACGAACUGUUCAGUGAAUGGCGUCGAUGGAUCCAGCUUUUGGACCAACUCAAUGCCGUAAGAAUACCGAGAUGCUACUUCCCAGGAUAUCUUCCGGAUAGCUUCAACACUCUGCAGCUACACCUGUUUGUCGACGCCAGCGAGGAGGCGUACGUAGCAGCCGCUUAUUUUCGGAUUGUGGAUCAGUCGCAAGUUCUGUGCAUCCUGGUUUCUUCAAAAACUAAAGUAGCUCCAUUGAAGCCCUUGUCCAUCCCCCGUCUAGAACUGCAGGCAGCACUACUUGGAAGCAGAUUAGCGAAGUCCGUAGCGGAGAAUCAUACUCUACCCAUCAAGCAACGGUUCUUCUGGAGUGACUCAACCACUGUUCUGUCCUGGCUACAAUCCGAUCAACGAAAAUAUCGUCAAUUUGUAGCGUGUCGAGUUUCAGAAAUUCUGGAUUCCACGAAGGUCACCGAAUGGCAGUACGUUCCCUCCCGUGAAAAUGUGGCAGAUGACGCCACUAAGUGGAAAGAUGGGCUUCGGAUCGACAAAAGUCUUCGCUGGUUCAGUGGGCCACAUUUCCUCUACGAUUCUCCCAACAUGUGGCCCCAACAGAAGAAGCUAUCUAGCCCAACUGCGGAGGAGCUUCGGCCGAUGCACGUUCACAAAGAAAUCAUACAUGAUCCGUUGAUACAGUUCUGUGGUUUCUCAAAAUGGGAACGUUGUCUAUGUGCAGUUGCGUAUGUCCACAGAUUCGUCGAUCAACUGAAGCGGAAGACGAAAGGAGAUCCAGACGAUGCGGAAGCUAAGGAAGUUCAGCUCUUUCUAACCAGGAAAGAACUUCAGCGCGCGGAACACACAAUCCUCAGGUUGGCACAAUUGGAAGCUUUUGCAGACGAGGUCACCACUAUGCAAACCAAUCAAUCUCUGCCAUCAGACCAACGUCAACGACUUGAAAAAACCAGCAAGCUCUACAAGCUGUCGCCUUUCUUGGAUGAGCGAGGUGUGGUUAGAAUGGAAGGUCGUAUCGUUGGUUUCACGGAAGCUGCCUUCGACUUCAAGUAUCCUGCAGUGCUGCCCAAGAAUCACUGCGUCACUCUGCUCAUCGUCGAUUCGUACCAUCGGCGGUACAACCACUGCAACGGAGAGACAGCGGUUAAUGAAAUGCGGCAAAAGUUUCACCUGUCGGAGAUGCGCGCGGCUUUUCGAAAGGUUCGCAAGAUGUGUACGUGGUGCAAGGUGUUCAGGGCAACACCAACUGUUCCAAGAAUGGCACUGCUACCUGAUGCCCGAGUCACACCACGUGUCAAACCAUUUAGCUUCGUUGGGUUAGAUUACUUCGGCCCACUUUUGGUGGUACAAGGCCGUCACGAGGUGAAGAGAUGGGUUGCACUCUUCACAUGUCUGACCAUAAGAGCCAUCCAUCUCGAACUUGUCUCCAGCCUGUCAACCGAAUGCUGUAAGAUGGCUAUCCGCCGGUUCAUAGCGCGGAGGGGGUCACCUAAGGAAAUCUAUAGUGACCGGGGAACCAAUUUUGUUGGAGUCAGCGGUGAGCUACGGGAACAGCUCAAAGGAAUCACCCAGGAACUAGCUGCGACUUUCACUAAUACUGUCACUCAAUGGCGCUUCAACCCACCAGCUGCGCCGCACAUGGGGGGGUCUUGGGAGCGUAUGGUUCGGUCCGUAAAGUGUGCUCUGGCUUCGGUAUCCGUUGAACGUAAACCGAGUGAGGAAGUUUUGGUUACUUUGCUAGUGGAAGCGGAAUCGGUGGUGAAUUCGAGGCCGUUGACCUACAUGCCCAUCGAGACCUCGGAUCAUGAGGCACUAACGCCGAACUGUUUUCUCAUGCUGAGCACAAGCGGGGUGAAUCAGCCUCCGACACAGCUCGUGGACGACAAGCAGGCUCUACGUUCCAGUUGGUUUUUGCAUCAAAGGCUGCUGGACCAAUUCUGGACACGCUGGGUGAAGGAAUACCUUCCAACCAUCACCAAGCGGACCAAAUGGUUUGUUAACACAAAGCCGGUCUCAGCCGGUGAACUAGUGAUAAUUGUAGAAGAUCGACUCCGUAACGGAUGGAUUAGAGGGCGAGUGCUGCGAGUAUUUCCUGGACGAGAUGGCAGAUGUCGCUGCGCAAAUGUUAAAACGUCAUCUGGUAUUCUAAGACGUCCGGUGUCCAAAUUGGCCGUCCUGGAAGUGGAUGAUACCGCUCGUGAGGACACGGAACAAUACGGGUCGGGGAAUGUUCAGGACGGAGCUGUAGUACCCUAG